AUGCUCCGCCGUUUGACGCCGUUGUGGGGUCCGAUGCGGCCCUUGAUUAUGGUGCGGCAGUUCAGUCGAACAGCAAACCGGGCAAAUGAUACGGUGGUUCCCAAAAUAACCCGCAGAAGCUUUUGGAGCAGGAAGAGAGUGUACUGGGGAGCCGGUAUUAUUGCGGCCACAGUUGGGGCUUAUAAUGUGAACGAGACUUUCAAAACAGCGGUCGAUGUGACGGCUUUGGGAACUAAACGGGCCGCUACGGUUUCCUAUGUUCUUUUCCGGUGCUCGUGGGCUUACCAUUCCGUUUUAACCGCAAAAUACGACAGUCCGGAGGAACAAGAAGCCGCUUUGAGGGAGUGCCAUACUCGGUGCGCCAAGAUCACCCGCUGGGCUUUGGAAACAAAUGCCGGCUUGUUUAUCAAAAUUGGGCAGCAUAUUGCCGCAUUGACUUAUUUGUUUCCCGAAGAGUGGACGUCGACUAUGAUCCCGUUGCAAGAUAAAUGUCCAACAACGCCCUAUGAGGACGUUGAACGGCUAAUUCUCGAAGAUGAAGGCAAACCCAUUGAAGAGUUGUUUGUUUCGUUCGAUCGUGAGCCGCUUGGAACAGCUUCUCUAGCUCAGGUUCAUCGGGCAGAGCUCCUAGACGGUACAAAGGUUGCAGUUAAAGUUCAACACCCCUCAUUGAAGAGGUUCAUUCCUCUGGAUAUCAUGCUGAUUCGAUCAGCCAUUGAUGCAAUUGAGUAUUUUUUCCCUCAGUAUCCCCUCCGAUGGCUUUCGAGUGAGAUUGAAAACUCGAUUUACACUGAGCUUGAUUUCAGAGAGGAGGCACGCAAUGCUGGCUUUACAAGCAUUUAUUUCGAGCCGUUCUACGACCUUACUGCUCUAAGAGUGCCCAAAGUCUUCUGGGCUCGCCGUCGCCUGUUGUGCAUGGAGUUUUGUGCCGGUGGUCGGCCCGACGAUCUAGAGUUUCUGGAAAAGCACAACAUCUCACGAAGCGAGCUCUCAGAAUGCUUCUCCCAUAUUUUCAACAAUAUGAUUUUUACCCCAGGCGUUGGCCUUCACUGUGACCCGCAUGCUGGAAAUAUCGCUAUCCGGCCUUUAGAAGAACAUGAACGUCACGGCCCGCAUAAUUUCGAAGUUAUUCUCUAUGACCACGGCCUUUAUCGAUAUGUUCCAUCUAAAACCCGUCUUGCAUAUGCGCAUUUGUGGCUGGCCCUGCUGGACAGCAAUGAGAAAGACAUGAGAAAGUACGUUGAGGAAUUCGCAGGUAUUGGUCCCGACAAGUUCGAUAUUUUCAUUGCGGCAAUCACUGGCCGCGACACGGAGAAUGCCAAAACCAAUGUCAUGUCUCGUCGAACAAGCACCGAAACCACCCGCAUGUCUGAGCAGAUUCAGCAGCAAGGGUUACUUGUUCAAGUCAUGCAAAUGCUGCGUGAAGUGCCCAACAUUGUGUUGCUCAUUCUCAAAACUAAUGACCUGACCCGUUAUCUCGAUGAAAAGCUCGAUUCCCCGCUGGGGAUUGUUCGCACUUUUCUCAUUAUGGCCCAGUAUUGCACCACGACAAUCUAUAAAGAGAGAAUUCGGUCCAUUGCCAGCCAGUAUCCUUCAAAAUGGUCACUCAAGCGUCGAGUCCUUGAGUUGACAAGUUGGCUCGCCUACAUUACGAGGUACAGUCAACUCAAAUUGUACAGCUGGGUCGCUCUUUUUCGACCGCUCACCUAG